AAAAUUAUUUAAAAUAAUAGAAAAAAAUGAAGCCAACUAUGGAAAAUAUAAGACUCAUUAUUUUCUCUAUGAUUCUUCUUGCAUGCCUAACAUCAAAUAGUAACGCCCUGAAAAGGCAAAGCGAAGCUCUUUUCCGUUUAAACAAAAACAAGUUCAAAACUAAUACACACAUCGACAGAAUGCCUUUCAGCCCUAUUGCCGAUUUCCCAGAAGAAGGAAUUCUAUCACAGCAAGGGUCAAAAAAGAAGGACUUAAUAAGACAUUUGCCCGGGCAACCAGAAAACGUUCCCUUCAACCAGUAUGGUGGAUAUGUCACUGUAGACGUUGCUGCCGGACGAUCUCUCUUUUACUACUUUGUUGAGGCUGAUAUGAAAAUAUCGAGCCAAUUGCCGCUUGUUCUCUGGCUCAAUGGAGGACCUGGUUGUUCUUCUCUUGGUUUAGGAGCAAUGGAGGAAUUGGGUCCAUUUCGGGUUCACAGUGACGGGAAAACACUCUAUGAAAAUGAAUAUGCAUGGAACCGUGCUGCAAAUGUGUUGUUUUUGGAGACACCUGCUGGAGUUGGGUUCUCUUACUCAAAAAACAAGAGUGAUUUAGAGAGUAGUGGUGACAAAGAAACGGCUAUUGAUAAUUAUGUGUUUUUGGUAAACUGGUUGGAGAGAUUUCCAGAAUACAAGGACAGGGACUUUUAUUUAGCUGGGGAAAGUUACGCUGGGCAUUAUGUGCCC